CAAAUAACAAGGGAACAAAAGGGCUAUUUAAAAGAAAAAAGACGAUCACCGUAAAGGGAGAGGGCGAACUUAAAUGGAAUAACGGGCUUAAGUUUCAGUAAAGCACGAUAAAUUAGUAAAACCAUCACUUUUCUUUUCGAUAUUUAUCAAUUAAUUAAUUAUUAAUAAUACACCUUACUUGAGUGUGAGCAAGGUUUUUCUUCUUCUCCUUAUUCUCUCUUUAGCUUCUAAAUCUCCAACCAUGGUGCUCGAGGCGACAAUGAUCUGUAUUGACAAUUCUGAAUGGAUGCGUAACGGAGAUUAUUCUCCUUCUCGAUUUCAAGCCCAAGCUGACGCCGUUAAUCUCAUUUGCGGUGCUAAGACACAGUCUAAUCCAGAAAAUACAGUGGGAGUUCUCACAAUGGCUGGGAAGAGUGUUCGUGUUUUGGUCACUCCUACUAGUGAUCUUGGAAAGAUCUUAGCUUGCAUGCAUGGACUAGAAAUAGGUGGUGAGAUGAACCUAGCUGCUGGUAUUCAGGUGGCACAAUUGGCUCUUAAGCAUCGUCAAAAUAAAAAACAACAGCAAAGGAUUAUUGUCUUAGCUGGAAGUCCUAUCAAGCAUGAAAAGAAAACGUUGGAGAUGAUAGGGAGAAAGUUGAAAAAGAAUAGCGUAGCGCUUGAUAUCAUUAAUUUUGGUGAAGAAGAUGAGUCUAAGACAGAAAAGCUGGAAUCACUCCUUGCAGCUGUGAACAAUAAUGAUACUAGCCAUAUUGUUCAUGUUCCAGCUGGCCCAAAUGCUCUUUCUGAUGUACUUAUAAGUACACCAAUUUUUACUGGCGAUGGGGAAGGUGGAAGUGGUUUUGCUGCUGCUGCAGCGGCAGCUGCAGCUGGGGGUGUAUCUGGGUAUGAUUUUGGUGUGGAUCCAAACUUAGAUCCUGAAUUGGCGCUUGCCCUAAGAGUUUCAAUGGAAGAGGAAAGAGCCAGGCAGGAAGCAGCAGCAAAAAAGGCUGCAGAGGAUGCUGCCAAACAAGAGAAAGGAGGUGAGCAAGCCGGAUCACAAGAAGCCAGCUCACAAGAUGCAACAAUGACUGAGCGUGCCAGUGUAUCAACUUCUGAAGCAGAGAAUAAAACAACUGAUUUUAUGGAUGAUGAUAGUGCCCUACUUCAGCAGGCGCUUGCAAUGUCAAUGGAUGAUCCUGCGGUUGGCCAUAAUGUAAAAGAUUCAGAUAUGUCAGAAGCAUCUCCUGAUGACCCUGAGCUGGCACUAGCUCUCCAAUUGUCAGUAGCCGAUAGUACAAAGGAUAAUGCAAGCCAGUCAGACGCGAGUAAAUUGUUGGCAGAUCAAUCCUUUGUAUCUUCUGUUCUUGCGUCGCUUCCUGGGGUUGACCCAAAUGACCCUUCCGUCAAAGAUUUGCUGGCGUCCAUGCAAAAUCAAUCUGAGCCGAAGAAUGACGACAAGCCAUCAAAUGAGGAGAAGAAAUAAUCUUUUAAUUAAAGCCACACUGGCUGUGUGGUUUUUGUUUGUUUUCCUUUAAGCCAUUCUGGUAGCAUUUUAGAUGUCUGUUCCAAUCAGCGUACUAUUUUCAUGUGUUCAAUAAUUGUCUCCACAGCUGAUCAGAACCCAGAGCAUGCCUAUCGAUUAAUUCUUGGACUUUUUACAUUGAAACAGUGCUUAUCAGGACGAAGGGUUUAAAGGACUUGGUUAUUUAAAUGCAUUUCGAUGUGAUCCUAUUAUAUAUAACAAUUUCUUCAAUAGCAGUUUGUUGUUACUUGUUACUUUAUUUUAUUUUACUUGAUAGAUAGAUGUUUAAGGCUUAA